AUUUUUGUCUUACAAAUUACAAAGUAUAUAUAUGAAGUGUAAAGUGUGUUCUGUGUAUUGAGACUUGUCUGUUAUUCGUUAAUUUUUUUCUGUCAUUACUUUAUUUAAAUUGAAUUGAAUGAAUUUAUCAAAUAAAGUAUUCUGUUUAAAUACUCAUUUUUAUUCAUCAUAUUUGUUUUAUAUUCAAUCAGAUCGUGAUAAGAGAUAAAAAAAAUGUCUCAGCAAUUUGUUGGUUGUAUGGUCUCAAUAAAAUGUGUCGAUGAUCUUGGUACUUAUCAGGGCCAAAUAACAAAUUUUAACCGAGAAACUGUUACUAUUUCAAAAGCAUUUAAAGAUGGGAUACCACAUUCUUCGCAACAGGUUACUAUUAAUGCCAGAGAUAUACAAAACUUGGAGAUAAUAUCAACAGAAGAAGCCGGAGCUAAAGAAGAACAAAUGGAGAGUAAAGUUACUGUUAAAAGGCCUAUUGCUAAACGUGCUAAUAGGUCUGUAUCAGAAUGUAUUCCACCCUCAACACCUCCAGUUAAUCAGAAUCAAGUUCAAGGAAAUUCAGUUAAAAAAAAUGAGCAAAGUUAUCCCGAGUAUCCAACUAAUGGACAAGUUCUUGCUGCGGAGACAAAUGCUAAAUUUAAUCAGAAAAAAGUGAUACAGAGAAAAGCGCAGGGCAGAGAUGUACUGGCCUUUGGUACUCCCAUAGACCAGUUCAUGAAUCAAGAAUUUGAUUUUGAAAAAAAUCUCGCAUUGUUUAAUAAAAAAGCGGUCUGGGAAGAAAUAAAUUCAUUGAAACCCGGGAUUGUACGAAAGUCGGAGAGUGGUAGAGGAAAAUAUCGUCAUGAUGAGAAUGUCAUCGUGUCAAAACCCACAACAUUGAGACAAAUAAUUGUUCCAGUGAGUGAUGAACGUGAAUAUGUGACGGACGAUGGUCUAGUGAUACCCAGUAUCACUGUCGAUCUUCACAGACAGUUAAUUGGCGCCGCUGAUCGUCUUGGAAUAAGUUGGGAAAGACGAGUCGAAUUGAUGGGAAGAGCUGGAGCAGAAAUAAUAAUUCAAUUGCUGGGUGGCGCUCAUCGAUUGAAUCCUAAAAAUGCUCAUCAGUGGCCGACAAUUGUUGCACUGUGUGGUGCUCACCGUACUGGAGCUGCUGGAGUUAAUUGUGCACGACAAUUGUCAACUCACGGUAUUAGAACAGUUGUUUAUGUUGAAAAUUCCGAAAAUAUAUCAUUACUACAAGAGUUAUCGUUAUACAAAAUGACGGGUAAUAAAGUUGAGACUAAAAUAGAUAAAUUAGCGUCAGUUGUUGAUCUGAUAAUACUUGCGCUUCAUGACGAGCAUUCACCGAAAAAUAGUAUUCCAGCGGUUGCCAAAUGGGUCAAUAGUAACAAAGCUCCUGUCCUUGCUAUCGAACCUCCUUCAACUGGUACUCCGGGUAUCUUAAGUAAAUUCAGUCUUGUCGGUGGAUUACCAUUGUCACAUAGUCCUGAUAACGGGAGAUUGUACCUCUGUAAUUUGGCACUGCCAACAAAAGUUUUUACAGACGUUGGGAUUACAUAUCGAUCGCCAUUUGGACCAAAAUUCGUAAUCCCACUUCACUAUGAUGACUCUUAACACAUUUUUUUUUCUAAAUGACCAAUACAAUGUAUUUGAUGACAUUAUAGUGAGUUUAAUAUGACAGUGACAAUUUAUUUUAUUUAAUAAUAAUUAUAAUAAUUAUAGUAACUAAUAAUAUAUUGUAAUACUGUCUUAUUUAAAUCUUUAAAAUAAUUCAUUAUUUCAUUUUUUUUUUAUCAAUUACUUCAUUCAUUAAAUCAAUUACUUUAUUUUUAAUUGUUCAAUUGAGAAUAUAAUCUUUUAAAAAUUAUUUUUCAAUAGAUUUAAAGUAAGAGACCCAGUACCCAAUUAGGGAACUAGUACCUGAUCACCCAUAUAUUUGUAUAUAUGAGUGAUCGGAUACUAGGUCUUUUACUAUAGUUUACAUAAAAAAUAUUUUUCUCAUCCCUUAAAAAUAUAAAUAUAGACCUGAAGAUCGAAAAGUUUUGCGCAACGUAAAAAAAAACUGAUGAUAAAAAAUCUACUGGAUUAGAUUUCAGAAAAGUCACAUAUAGAUGCUGGUAUGUCAGCCGAAAUCUCAGGCCCCCAACUUCCGGAACUACGACUUAAGCAGUUAAAUCACACAAUUUUUUUUUUCAUUUUCAUUGCGCGAAAAACGUUCCGAUCUUCAGGUACAUACGUAAAUAGACAUUGAUAUAUUUUAAUAUAUGGACAGAUAUAUAUUAAAAAUAUCAAUUAAAAAAUUGUUAAUAAAAUUACUACGUUUACCUUAA